AAAGUGCGAGGUAGCGAGAAAUGGCGUCGCAAGUUGUUUUUUAUUCGUAAUCAAUGUGUUUCUAAUCAUUAUAGAUGAUUGUAAAAGCUAUACAUAUUGUUAAGAUAAUACUGAUCAGUUCCGUCGAUGUUUAAUUGAAGAACUGUGGUUAUUUUGACGUGAUUACAUCUUUGACCGUCGGACAAUGGCGUCGUCGAACGAAGCGAGAGUUACCAAUGUAAAAGUUAGUGAAAAUCGCGAUUUCGUGGACGAUUACUGUGGCUCCAAUAGCUUAGAAGAUGCCGGCGAAGGUGCUAAGCGUCGUCGUACAGCAUACGACUGCAAAACUGUGUCUCAACAGGGAUGCGGGACAAGUGUGUCAACUGAUCUAAAACAUACACCAUCAUCUGAAACCAAAGGUAAAAAGCGCAAGCUCAGCGAAUCAUCAAAAGAGCUAUGUGUGUGGGGCGAAAACGCUCGACCGUCGAAACAGAGCAAGAUAUGGCCAGUGUUCGACUCCGGAGGGUACGGCAACGGAGCUGUAAUGAAGCUCAAUGUCCUCAAGAAGACACCUCCCAUUAAGAACCCCUUACUCUUCCACACCACCUGCAACCAGGACAUUGAACUCUCAGAGAUCAACCGCGACCCCUUCAAAGCAGACUGGUUCGGCGGCCUCCACGCCUGGUGGAAGCAAACCCAGAUGUCCAACAAAAUGGCUGAUGAUGACGUCACAAAGAAGAUCUUUUCUUCAGUCUCCCGUCAACUGAGAAUCAUCAACACCCAUUUUCAAAGGUCCAUGUUUAAAUACAAGUAUCCAAGGGUCACAAGACAAAAUGUCCUUUUAGAGAACUCCUCGGGGAUUCGAAGACCAGCUACUCAUUUUAACUUGACAUUGAAAGCUAUCAGGUUCCAGUGCAAUCCUCGGAGAGAGUUGCCCUGCUAUGGCAAUCUGGAACUGCCCCUGAAGAUAAAACAAGAGAGUGUGAACUCCCAAGUGUUUCCUGCUAUAAGAAGUGUUAAGAGUGAGACAGUGAGUGACGUGAAGGUUAAAGUAGAGAAGGAAAGGGACAGGGAGAAGGAGAAGGAGCGAGAAAGGGAUAGGUCAUCCCACCGUCACUCCUCCUCAUCAUCGUCAUCGUCGUCCUCCUGUCACCACUGCCGCCGCCGCGCCCGUAUCAAGCGAUGCUCCAUCGGCGUCCAAUGCCGCAGGGACAGGGCCGCCGGGGCACCUCUACCCAAUGAUAGCUGGGGACCACUUGCUGAGACACCCACUGUCAAGGAACUGAAGUAUCACCGAUUGAUGCGAGUGGAGACGCAUCCCAACGGCGGAGCGAGCGUGGUGUACCUGCACCAGCGCGACGUGGACAUGCUCAGCGCGCCGCAACAGGAGGCACUCGCUAAGGAGUUCUUGAAGCUGGUAUUCUCAGAAGACAGUGCAGGGUGGGCGCACUUUGUAUGCGGCGUGGUACGCGGCGCGGCGGGCGCCUUCCCCUGUCUGCUGCAGUAUCUGGCGUCGGCGCACCCCACGCUCACUGUGAAGGCAGGGGUGUUGGCCCGGGCCUCUGAUAUCGAGACUACUACCGUCAGCCGAUAUUAUCAACAGGUGCAACAGUCGUACGCGGCGGGUACGUUCCGCUGCGGGCCCCUGCACCAGAUCUCCCUGGUGGGCACCGUGCACGAGGAGGUCGGCGGAUACUUCCCCGACAUGCUCGACAUGCUCUCCACAUGCCCCUUCCUUAAUAUGACAAUGCCGUGGGGUCCAAUGUCAGCAGUGGAGAUGGAGCCGCAGGAGUCCAAUGACGGACCCAUUCUGUGGAUCCGACCUGGGGAACAACUUGUACCCACUGCUGAACUUGGGAAGAGUCCCAUUAAGAAGAGGAGGACGGGUAUAAACGAGCUCCGCAACCUCCAGUACUUGCCGCGCUGGAGCGAGGCGCGGGAGUUCCUGUUCGAGGAUCGAACCCGCGCACACGCAGACCAUGUCGGGCACGGACUCGACAGGAUCACCACUGCUGCAGUUGGCGUACUAAAAGCGAUCCACUGCGGCGACGAGUCCGACCGCGGCCGUAUAACGAAGGACGUCGUGGCGUUCCACGCCGCAGACUUCAACAAACUGGUGCAGCUCCUACAGCUCGACCUCUACGAGCCUCCCAUCUCUCAGUGUGUCACCUGGUUGGAAGAAGCGAAGUUGAACCAGCUCCGUCGUGAAGGCGUGCGCUACUCUCGCCUGCCGCUGUGCUCGGACGACAUCUACUUCCUGCCGCGGAACAUCAUUCACCAGUUCCGGACCGUGUCUGCCGUCACCUCUGUCGCAUGGCAUUUACGCCUGAAGCAGUACUACCCUACAUCGGAGGCUUCCUCCCCGGCUGACGAGCGACCCGCAGACCCUGUACCUGUCACCAUCAACCAUACUACGACUACGGAGCCUAAAAAGUCAGCAAAACACAAAGCCGGAGUCAUCGAGAUGCGGGCACUGAGCGCGAAGUUCCACCAAAAACUAAAUCAGAAGUCGGCACUGAAAGUCGCACCUAACAGGAAGAGCGUCGAAACACAAGUCAAGAGCACAGACAAGAAAACAGACACAAAGUCUGACAAACAAGACACAAACAAAUCAGACAAAAUCGAAGCCAAAUCUGAAAAGUCAGAACCAAAAGUCGAAAAAACAGAAUCCAAAGUUGAUAAAUCAGAACCCAAGUCUGACAAAUUAGAUGGUAAGCCUGACAAAAACGAUUUGAAAGCUGAAAAGACUGAUUUAAAGACACCCGAGAAAAUUGAGCCCAAAGCUGAGAAAACUGAUAUCAAAGAAAAACCUGACAAAGUUGAUCAAAAGUCUGACAAGUUGGACAAAUCAGAUAAAAUUGAGCAGAGGAUAGAAAAAUCAGAAAUUAAGCAUGAAACCCCAGAUAAAGACAAAACUAGACCAGAGAAAACUGAAAUCAAAACUGAAAAACCGGACUCAAAAUCUGACAAAAUCGACACAAAGUCAGAUAGAACAGAUAAAUCUGACAAGAACCACAGGCACAAGGAUUCUGACAAACAUCGUUCUGACCGUUCGGAGAGGUCAGAUAAGACAGACAUAAGGCACGAGAGGUCUGAGAAGGAUAGAUCAGACCACCACCGCCGUCGCUCGUCAUCGUCCCGUCACAAAUCGUCUCAUCAUAAGUCAGACCGACCGAGGGAACAUAAGAAAGAGCACAGGAGUUCAGACGAGAGGAGAAAUGAGAAACACAGAGACCGGUCUGACAGUAGUAGAGAUAAGUCGGACAAGAUGCCCGACAGCGGGAAGUUACCAGUGGAUGUAGUUCAGCGACCACCAGAUUAGUGGACUAGAGUGAUACUGUGAAGUGAGUGUUUCGUGAAGGAUUUUGAUCAGUAAGUAUGUUGUUAUAAGUUUCAUCAUAAGAUCUUGAUCACUUGAAUUGGUUUCGGAGCGGAUCUCAUAUUUUAUACGUCUGAUUUGUGUGACUGAUCGAGUUGGGAAAUUAUUAACUAAUUUAUUGUACUAUCCGUUAGUAUAAUUGUUGUUUUAUUUACAUUUCGCUGUCUAUUCAACGCUAUUUUAUUUAGGAAUACUAUAAAACGGCUGGACGCUUUGUAUAAUGCCGUCUUUUUGACCGGCGGAGAGACUGUUUGUCUGCGGAUUUUGAAUUUGGACGUUUUCAAGUACAAACUCUUUAUUCCUGCCGUUUCAUAGUGUACCUAGCUAAUAUUUUUAAACUGCCUGUUACAUGAAACAUAUAUUUGAAGGGGCCAAAACGACACGAUUUUGCGGAAUAAUAAAAUCAUUGACACUUGCACUUCAAUAUAUAUUUAGGUGAAUUGUAGAAAGUUCUUCAAUAGCUCGGGGUCCUUCAUGAAAUAACACCAACUUCUUAGCACUAGGGUACACUGUAAAUAAUAUUUAUAAGCGGCCUCUUAGAGGCUAAGCAGAGAUGGUUCUUGAAUGAACGCGCAGUUUUAGAUUUCUUUUCAGUUGUAGAAUAUGCGCGGUUAACUCCAGUUUAUUCUUCAAUAAGAUUUUGAAAAAUCAUAACUGUUUCGAUUUGUUUUAUUUUAAUGACAGACUUACAGAAGCAUUCUGUGUCAAUUACGAAAAUUAAUAACAAUCGUAUUGUGGUUGCUAUCAAAUGGAAAUUAUUUAAUUUAUCUAUUUUACCAAACUUUUCGCUCGUAAAUCCCAGUGAUAUAAUAAAAUAUCUUAAAGAGCAGCUAUCCAUGAUAAAUCAAAUAUUGUAAGUUUUAUACAUAAUACUGAAGAAUUUAAGUUGAUUUAAAGUUUCGUAAAAAUCAUUCAAGUUGAAUAUAAUCAGUAUUCCCGAUCCCAGUAUCAAUUGUAAUGUAAUAUAUAAAUAAAUUACGUAUAAUUUUCUACAUUUCAGUCCAUUUCUUAUACUAUGUACAUAUUAUAUAUUAUGCGAUUCAUAUAAAUCAAUUUUAUAUAUAAAAUCUAAAACUGCGUCGCGUAUGUGAUUUGAGAGAGUUUUAAACGAAACGUAAAUGAAAGAAUAAUAUUAAUAAAAAUAAAUAAAUUUUAAGUAAAUAUAAAUUUAUUCACACAUAUUUCUAAAAAUUGCACUAGAAAAGUAAAUUAUUAUAUAUAUUAUUAUUCUGAAUAGAUUACAUUGUCUACUGCCGAUGACUUUGACACUGUUUCGUGGUAAAAUCUAAUAAAAUGCGAAAUAGCCAUUAAAAAAUAUAUAUUGUACCACAAAAAUAUAAAAUACCUAAGAAAAA